AUGAUGUCUGACCUCCUCUCUCACUCGAUCGAUUUGCUUGACGACGACAUGCUCAACGCAGUGACUGAGAACCAGUCUGAAAUUGUAAUACUUGGCACUGAGUGUGUGCGGGCCCCCGAAUCGGAGUCUUCUGUGAGUCCUCACAAUCUCCAACCGACCACAAAGAUAGGGACCCGAUUUUCUCGAGAGACCAACGGCAUACUGAAGGCCUGGUUCUCGCGAAGAACAGAUAAUCCAUAUCCCAGCAGAGCGGAGAAACAGCAACUUCAGCAGCAGACUGGACUGAGCAGUCUGCAACUCACAAACUGGCUCGCCAAUGCUCGUCGACGCUCUACACUAUCCUCGAGGGGCCCAUCUCCUGGAUCGCUUGCGCAGCUCUCCAAUCUUAAUACCGGGGAGUCUAUUUCAAGACCUAGCACUCCGAUGACACCCACACCUCACGAUCAUUGCGAGGCGAUCCCGAGCAGUACUAGUCCGCACAAGACUCUGCUUCCAACAGCGCAAACACGACAAGAUCUAGCUGCCCAGCAGAUAUUCUGCUCAUUCUGCGGCAUCAAUGACCCAGACGAAGAUCAUGUUGAGACGCACAACCCGAAAUCUUGCCAGGAGCGGACUUUUAGCCGAAAGGAUCACCUCAGAAAGCAUCUGCGCUUAGUUCACAAUGCUACGCCGGUGGAAUGGAUUAUUAGCCAGUGGCGGACACCUCAGCUACAGGAGCGUUCAAAGUGCGGCUUCUGUCAUAGAGCCAUGGAAACAUGGGCUGGCCGAGCGGAUCACCUGGCGGAUCAUUUCAAGAUGGGUCACACGAUGGCCCAGUGGCAGGGUGACUGGAGCUUCGAGAAAGCUGUGCAUGAUCUCGUAGAGUCUUCUAUUCCUCCAUAUCUGAUUGCAAGCGAGAGCCAGACACCAUUUCCAUUCAGAGCCAGCGUGGCUCCGGCCGACUCACCACGGAAUGCGUACGAGCUGAUCCAUUUGGAGCUGACUCACUUCAUUCAGAGGCAAGACGCAAUACCCGUGUUCGAUAUGUUGCAGCUGGAGGGCUGUCGCAUCAUACUUGCCGCCGAGGGUCUGAUGCGAGGCGAUGCUCACGAUGAGGUAGAGGCUGGGUCUUGGCUUAGAGACAUAUUCUUUUCCAACAACGACAUAUCCCAACGGGCCCGCUUCAGCCCUCUGAGGUCCAAAACAGAAUCCUGUCUCGUCGUCCCAAAGCUACACGGCCAGAGGCAGCUGUUUGAUGGAUGCCCUCUCGAAGCCCAGUUACGAAACUUCAUGCUGGAUAGCGCAUGGUCCGGGCAGGCCAUGCCCAGCGAUGCCGAGCUCAGGGCAGAGGCCUGUCGCAUCGUCUCCGAGCUAGGCUCGUGCUUCACAUUUCUGCUCGAGGACGCCGUCGCGACCUGGCUCACGGCUCUAAUUGAGUCAGCCCCCGGAUAUCUAUCUGCCUUCCGCAUGCGUGUCCAGAUAGAGGCAAAUAUACGUACUCCCUCCGAUGGACAAAAUGCAUCUUUUGGCGGUCUUUGCGGUGCGGCACACUCGCUUCAGGAUGUGAUGCAGCCUCCAACCUCGAUCACGGCCGAGCCUAUCCGACACUUUCCCAAUGGUAAUAAUCUUGGCAACGGCUUAGACUUCUGCGGGCGUCAAGAAGGAUCCCUAACUGAUAACAUGUCAUUGGCAAGGGACAAUAUACUACGCAGGCAGAGUAGGACUUCUACAACUUCACAGAGUCCUCAGGACCACCGCCCAUCGUGGAUCAAGGUCAACCUCUACUUCCUAAACGAUGCCAACUAUCACCGUUGGCUAGGGCGAGAGCUCGGGAGAUGGGUUCUUUCAACCACGUCGCUAAACAACCCCAACAGCCACAUACCCUCAGACGAAGAGCUCCGCCACCAGGCCCGAUGCAUUUUGUACGAUGAGUAA